AUGGAAACUAAAGUACCUUUAUUCUGCCAGGCAGAAGAAAAUAUCAGUUUAUCAGAUCAUGGCUGUAAUUCAUUUGCAACCAACCUGUCAUCAAGACAUACUGAAAACAAGAAAGACGUCAAGUUUUCUAAAGCAACGCAAAAGAGAAUUUCACAUGAAAUUAGGGAUUUGAGACUAGAACACAAAAAAAUGAACGCAACAUCAGUAUUCCUGUGUGGAGAAGAAAAAUUCUCUGAUUUUUCAGGAGAAGAAAAUGUCAAGAGAGAGAAAACUUUACAAGGACAAUUGCAUACUAAAAGGACUGAGAUCGCCUCUUCCUCAGUGAAGCUGUCAAAGGAGAAGAUGACCAGGAAAGAAAACUCUUUAUUCAAGUUGCCGAAUCAGUACAGCGUUCACAAGAUUUUACCACCCCUUUGUACAUCUUCCUCAAUUAUUCGGAAAAGGGAAAUGAUUUCUAGCCUCUACAAGACAUUAUAUAAUGAAGAACCUCAAAGAAACUUAUACUCACAAGAAUUAAGUGCACUUCAGAAGGCCUGUAAAAUUUUCAGCAAAAUCCAGAGUGGUAAGAUUUAUGUGAAUGAUCUGCCAACGAUCCAUCACAUGUUGAAGAUUUUUAUAAGUGACUCAGAAAUGCAAAAAGCUCUAAAGACUAUUGAUAUUGAUGCAUUCCAGAAUGCCUUGAAGAUUUUCUGUAGGAUAAAAAGUGGUCGAGUUGCCACUGAAGAACUGGCUGCUGUUUUGGAUAGCAUGGAUAUCCCUGUAAUCCCUGAAACUUUUCAGGAAGUGAUAAAACAUGCUAGUAUAGACAGUAACCACAGGGUUGAUAUUAGAGAUAUUAUAUUUACUUUGGAUGAACUACAGCACCAGUAUGAGGGUUUUUCAAUUAUGGAAUGGUCAGCCUUGGAUGAAUCUACUUCUAACAGAAAGUUAUCAAAUAUUUCAGAAUGCUAUCUACAGUAUAGGAAGAAAAGCACUUUAUCUUCCAGACUGUUUGAACCAUCAUUAUUCCCAAAGUUAAAUGGAAAAAACCUCCAAUAUCAUAAAAUUAUGGAGGAUAAUGAUUACCUUGAAUAUAAAAGAUUAAAAAAUCCUUUGCAAAUAAAAAAAUUCCCAAGUGGGAUUGCUAGUAGCAAUAUAGGACUCCAGGAACCAUAUUCAAAGGACGGCAUAAACUCUAAGAAACGUUCAGAGAAGAUUGAAAUUCAUGACUCAAAGUCUAUACCGUAUAACUUGAAGAGGAUUACAAGCCUCAAAAAGUCUCUGGAUAAAAGUGAUACUUUUAGGAUCCCCAGACUUCAGAAGCCAGAUGUGAGAAGGCAUUCCAGCCCCCUAAAACAGGUUUCAUCAAAGGAAAAAACUGCAAUGAAUGCUCUGGAAAACAUCUGUGAAGCUAUCCAUAAACUCCAAGAAAAUUACAUUGCUGCAGAAGAACUUCAGUCCGUUUUGCCUUCACUAGGAAUUACUUUAUCGGACAAAGAGCUCAAGAAGAUUGUGACAGAUACUACUCACAAUGAAAGUGGAAUGGUGAACUUAGAUGACUUUAUGAAUGCUCUUUCCAUGGAGCAAAGUCCUCCUGAAUAUGAUGAGUUGACUGAUGUCAUUAAAGCCAUUGAUAAAAUUAAAGAUGAAAAUAUGGAUUUGGAGGAUCUGAAUACUUGUCUUCAGGAUUUUGGGGUUUACCUUUCUAAGCCAGAAUUUGAGAAGAUCAUAGAGUUGACUGAAGCUGAUGAAACAAAAAAGGCGAAUUUUAAGGAAUUUGUUGAUACAAUGUUGACCAAUACGGAACGCUUCUCUGAAAAAUUAUUAUUGCCUGAUACUCUUGAAAACCUCCACAAUUUAAGCAAAGAGAAGAUGAAUGUUUCUCACCUGUGGAACACUCUGUCUGGGAUGAAUAGUAACUUGAAAAUAAAAGAAUUCCGAAGUGCACUGAAAUUAGCAACAGUUGAUGAAGGUGAUGAAGUGCAAAUAGAAGAAUUUGGAAAAGUGGUAAAGGAUAUGCGUGAUGCCUCCAGGUUAAAAGAGUUACAGAACAUUGUCUUAGCCCUUGAUGCACUUGAAGGUGACAUGAUACCUGGGAAGAACUUGGAGAGCUUUCUAGGAAAUAUUGGGAUUAAGUCACCUGAAGAGGAGGUAGAGAAAAUUCUUCAAUCAGAUUUUGUUUCUGAUGACAACAUGGUGAAUGUUAAAGACUGUAUGAAGGUUUUGAAGGACAACCAGAAAUUUUCCAAUUUUAUUGAUUUUAAGAAAGAGGCUUUGUCUUCAAAUCUGAGAUUACCAAAAGCAGAUGAGAUUGAAGAAGCUACUCAUAUCUUGUCAAGUGUUGAUAAUGGCAAGAUUGAUAUACUUAGCUUGGAGCAUGCCCUGGAAAGUUUGAAUGUCAGUUUGACUGAGGAGGACAUCAGUGAAGCCCUCCAGUGUUGCGACAUCAAUGAUAAUAAUGAAGUGAAUUUAAAAGAUUUCUUUGAAAGAAUUAAAGAAAGUCCAUCUUUCAAAGAGUCCAUAGCUACACAGCUACUCUUAGCUACUACCCAAAUUCUCCAGAAUGAUCUAAUUGAUGCCUCUGACCUUGAAGAAUUUUUGAUAAACAAUGACUUUCAUGCAGCUAAUGUUUUACUUAAUGAAGUAUUAAGACAUGAACCUGAACAUGAAAAUGGCAAGAUUACCAUUCAAGAAUUUUUAACUAAGUUCUGCAAUACAUUAAGAGUUCCUAAAGAUACAGGUGAGUUUUACUUCAUAGGUAUCUACUGCCUAUAUCUGGAAGGGCAAGCAGUGGUUUUCAUGUUAAAACAACACAGGAUUAGAGAGAGCAUAGAUAAGUAA